AUGGGCGAUUUCCAAUCGCAUGAAAGGCGCAAUUGGCUCCUCCAUUGGUGCUACGUACGGAGCGACUUCGCGAGUUGUGAGAAACUCUGUAAGGACGCGCUAGCGCAAUCGAAAGGUCUUUCCCUGUACCCCUUGACAAUCAACGCUCUGCUGCUUCGCCAGCAGGGUAAAGUUCAAGAAGCGUUGGAACUCUUCGAAAACUGCGCUCUCAUCCGACCCUCUGUGGAAACUCUGAAACACAUGGCAAAAUGUUACUUUUUGCUAGGCCGCCAUCAAGACGCCGUUGACGUGUACGAGCAGUGCGUCAAAGCUCACCCGAAAGACUGGGAGAGUCACCACGGCCUGGGAGUUUGCUAUGCAAAACUCGGUCAGCCGGAGCAGGCUCAACAAGCUUUAACGACCGCCAUCCAGAUCCGUCCCGUGGAGAACAGUUACACGGAACUUGGCCAGCUAUUUCGGAAAUCUGGAGAUCUAGCCGGCGCCAUAAAGAUUUACCGGAAGGGAGUCGACCUGUUUCCGGGAAGCGCCACGCUUUGCAGUGAGCUGGCUCUGCUGGAAAUGUAUAACAAAGACACACAGCAAGCCUACGAUCGACUCGCGGUGGCCUUGACUCGUCAACCUCAACGACCCGACGCACUGCUCAUCACGGCCAAUAUCCUCCAAGGCUACGGCGAUUUAGACGCAGCUCUCUCGAAGUAUAAAUUGGUGGGAAGUCAACGACCGCAUUCUGCAACACUGUGGAACAACAUCGCGAUGUGUUUCUUCGCUAAGAAAAAAUACGUAGCGGCGAUAAGCUGCCUCAAACGCGCACAGUACUACGGCCCUUUCCACUGGCAAGUGCUGUACAACCUAAGCCUCGUGCACCUGACCAUGCAGCAAGGCGCAUCCGCGUUCCAUUUUGCUCAGGCGGCUAUCAUGCUCGGCCUGGCGAGUCACAACAAGGAAGCCCUAUCGCAACUCUAUCAAGUCUCUGCUCUGGCGUUGGACAACGUACGAGACGUAGAGAACGCACAUAGAGCGUAUCAACAAGCGAUCAUGCUGAAUCCGAAAGACCCGUUGAUCGCCAUCAAUAUGGCUGUCAGCAUGUAUCGCAAUGGGAAGUCCGAAGAUCGAGUCAUGGAAGCGUUACAAGCAUUCCAAGAUAGUCAGCCGGACAACGAGGCGCUGAUUCACAUGGCGAACACAAUCCGGCUCGGACUGGUUGAGCGUGACGGAGAGGAGAAGUCGGUGGACACACAAGAGGAUUGA